ACGCCAUUGCCGACCUCGCCAGACAGCUACGACAACCGGAGCAUGGAGUAUACGCCGCCAUGGUUACCAGGUGAAGACCACUGCGCAAACAAAGUGCAACAAUGUGCAAUGGAAAUUGGCGCAGAUGGUGCUAAAUUUUGGACACCGGCAACCGAUAAUGAAAAAACACCAUACGAAGGACAACAAUUCGAAACAGUAGAGGCUGGGAUUGAUUUCUACAUUAAAUACGCGAAGGAGGUCGGAUUUGAUGUAAGGCACGACACAAAGCGACAAAACCGAGCAGGACAAGUGGCAAUUAAGUACAUCAUGUGCUCACGGGAAGGAUACAAAGCCGAAACGAAAGAAACCCCCAAUAACCCAAACCAACGAAAGAGGCGUAGAAGAGUGUCAAACAGGGUAGGGUGUAAGGCACGUAUGGGGAUGUCAAAGUGUAAAAGUGGAGGAUACAAAGUCCAUACAAUCGAGCUGCGACAUACACACUGUUUAUGCUCGGAAGAGGGGAGAACAUUUUUAAAAAUAAAUAGGCAACUCGACAUCGGACACAAGACGUUUUUGGCAAACUGUGCAAAGGCAAACAUCGGCCCCACCAAAGCGUUCAGACUGUUCAAAGAGAUGGUAGGGAGUUUUACAGAAGUUGGGGCAACAUGCAUCGACUUCUGCAAUUUCAGAAGGGACAUAUUGGCUUACAUAGCAGAGGCGGACGCCCAAAUGGUGAUUGAAGAAAUGUUCAAACGGAAAGAGGACAACCCACACUUCUAUUUUGAUUUUGACAUAGAUGAAGAAGCACAACUUACUAGGUUAUUUUGGGCAGACGCCGAAUCACGUAGAAAUUUUGCCUGCUUUGGAGAUGUCAUGUCAUUCGACGCUACAUACAGCACAAACAGGUACAAGUUGGUGUUCGUUCCUUUCACAGGGGUGGACAACCAUAAGCGGUGCAUUACAUUCGCGGGAGGCUUAAUUGCGAAAGAGGACAUAGAGUCGUAUGAGUGGCUACUGACAAAGUUCAAAGAUGCAAUGGAAUACACACCAAGAUGCACAAUUACUGACCAAGACCCAGCACUGAAGGUAGUUAUCCCACAAACUAUGCCAACAACAAGACACCGAUUCUGCAUGUGGCACAUCAUGACAAAAGUUGGAGAAAAGGUAGGGGUGACAUUGUGGCAUAACGAGGACUUCAAGAAGGACCUAAAUAGUACCGUAUGGGAUGACACUUUAACCAUAGAAGAAUUCGAGAGCAAAUGGAAAACAGUAAUGAAACAGUACAACCUUGAGGAGCAUAGGUGGUUCACGCAGCUAUACGAGGCACGAGCAUCAUGGAUACCCGCGUACUUCCACAACAUACCCAUGGGAGGAUUGCUACGGACAACAUCUAGAUCUGAAUCGACUAACAGCUACUUUGGUAAGUUUACAAACCCCCACUGUAGCUUGGUAGAAUUCAUGGCGCAAUACAACAGUGCAAUUGGAGAGCAAAGACACAACCAAUUAAAAGUGAUCGCUGAGAAUGAGGGUUCGUACCCAAAAACAAAAUCCCCUCUAAGUAUUGAGAAGCACGCAGCUAAGAUUUACACCAUAAGCAUAUUCUAUGAAAUCCAACAAGAGAUAUGGGAGGCGGGAUUCACAUGCCACAUCAGAGACCAAACCAAAGAAGGGGAGAUAUGGAAGUACAGAAUAGAGGACACUAGUGGAAAAAUGUUUGAAGUCACACAACAUCCAGCAUCAAAAAACAUAGAGUGUGCAUGCAAUAAAUUCAACCGAAUGGGUCUACUAUGCAGGCAUGUUGUGUUGGUAAUGAAGGCAGAAGGAUAUGACACCAUCCCAGAAAAGUAUAUUGUAACACGAUGGACCCGAAGCGCAUGUGCACACCCCAUGUAUGAUGUGCCAUGGGCAACGAAAACAAAUAAUACCAAAACGAACGAAGCGACAAAAAUGGCAAACAAACUAUGGAGUGAAUUCUACACCUGCAUGGGAUUAGCAAAAGGUUGGCCAGACAGAAUGGAUCAAAUGUUGGCAACAUUGCAACAACUUAAGAAAGAUUUAGAAAUGGAGAUGCAGGAAACACACGAGAAUGGCAACAACAAAUCGGCGUUUGAAAGGCUUAUAGGUGCACACAGACCAGGCGACAUACAAAUAAAGCCACCCACAGUCGCAAAGAAUAAAGGGAGUGGGAGAAGAAUAAAAAGCAACAAAGAGAAAGCCACCGAAAAGAGACACUCAAAAAAAGAAAGAACGUGCAAUAUAUGCGACCUUCCAGGCCACAACAGUCGCACAUGUCCAGACAAAGUCACACCAUAUGAAAGUUAG